UAUAUAUACGUGUCGAACUACACUUCCCAUGAUGCAUCUGUUCUGAGAAGGAAAAAAGACUGAAAGAAAGAACACUGGGCCGGAGUGGACUCCUCGGCGGCCGGUUCUGGCUCGCAGGCCUCAUGUUUGACCUCCCUGUACCAAUCAAUGCCCGCUGGAGUUUCAGCCAAUGGCGGCGCAGAGGAGCCGUUGACGUCAGGCCGCGUGACGUCACUGUUCGGGUUGUUUUUCAGAGGGAGAGACGGCGGCUGGCGGCGCCAUUUUGGAAGCGAACAUUUGACUCAUAAAACGCAGAAAACUGAAACGCCGCCGCAAUGUUGUACUUGGAGGAUUAUCUAGAGAUGAUCGAGCAGCUUCCCAUGGACCUGCGGGACAGGUUCACGGAGAUGCGGGAGAUGGACCUGCAGGUGCAGAACGCCACCGACCAGCUGGAGCAGAAAGUGAUCGAGUUCUUCGUCAACGCCAAGAAGAACAAACCUGAGUGGAGAGAAGAGCAGAUGGAAGUUAUUAAAAAGGAUUAUUACAAAGCUUUGGAAGAUGCAGAUGAGAAAGUGCAGCUGGCCAAUCAGAUUUAUGAUCUGGUGGACCGUCACCUGAGGAAACUGGACCAGGAACUGGCCAAGUUUAAGAUGGAGCUGGAGGCCGACAACGCCGGCAUCACGGAGAUCCUGGAGAGACGGUCGUUAGAGAUGGACAGCCCGUCUCAGCCAAUCAACAACCACCACGUCCACUCCCACACCACAGCUGAGAAGAGGAAGUACAGCGCUCCGACUCAUCACACCACUGAACACGUUCCAGAGAAAAAGUUCAAGUCUGAAGCUCUGCUGUCCACACUCACCUCAGACGCCUCCAAGGAGAACACACCAGGUUGCCGCACUAACAGCACGUCGUCCUCCAACAACAACGUUUACAGUGUGAACUCGUCUCAGCCGCUGGCCUCCUACAACCUGAGCUCUCUGCCGGCGGGGCCCGGGGCCGGAGCCGGGGCCAUCACCAUGGCAGCCGCUCAGGCCGUUCAGGCCACCGCUCAGAUGAAGGAGGGCCGCAGGACGUCCAGUCUGAAGGCGAGCUACGAGGCCAUCAAGAACAACGACUUCCAGCUCAGAGGAGAGUUCUCUCUGUCCCGGGAUAACAGCGGGUAUUCCUCCUCCGCCCUGGCCUCCACCCUCACCCAGACCCUCACCCCCACCACCGCCUCCGACUCCCGGGGACGCAAAUCCAAAAGCAGCAUCAAGUCUUCCAACCACCAAUCAUCUUCCUCGUCUUCGUCCUCCUCGCUGUCGUCCUGCUCCUCAUCCUCAGCGCUGGCUCAGGAGCUUUCCCAGCAUGCGUCAGCGCUGCCCGAGGCCGAGGCCAACAGCCAGGUGGACUGGACCUACGACCCCAACGAGCCCCGAUACUGCAUCUGUAACCAGGUUUCUUACGGCGAGAUGGUCGGCUGUGACAACACAGACUGUCCGAUCGAGUGGUUCCACUACGGCUGCGUGGGUCUGACGGAGGCUCCGAAGGGGAAGUGGUACUGUCCUCAGUGUACGGCGGCCAUGAAGAGGAGAGGCAGCCGCCACAAAUAAACUGUUCACCGUCUGUCUGCAGCACGACGGAUCAAACGCUCUGUGCCAACACAAACCAUCUUUGGAUUAAAGCCACACCAAGAAAAAACAUCUCUGAAGAUAAAAACUGUGUAUUCUGAAAUUCAUCCCAACGUUUCUCAAAGCUCCAAAAAAACGUUUUAAAACCCAAAAACAUCAAGAACUCUGUUUUCUGUUUAAACGAACCGUGUUAAACUCUGACUUUAAUAAUCCUGACUUUAAUAAUCCUGACUUUAACAAUCCUGACUUUAACAAUCCUGACUUUAAUAAUCCUGACUUUAAUAAUCCUGACUUUACUAAUCCUGACUUUAAUAAUCCUGACUUUAAUAAUCUUGACUUUACUAAUCUUGACUUUAAUAAUCUUGACUUUACUAAUCUUGACUUUAAUAAUCUUGACUUUAAUAAUCUUGACUUUAAUAAUCUUGACUUUAAUAAUCUUGACUUUAACAAUCCUGACUUUAAUAAUCUUGACUUUAAUAAACUUGACUUUAAUAAUCUUGACUUUACUAAUCUUGACUUUAAUAAUCUUGACUUUAAUAAUCUUGACUUUAAUAAUCUUGACUUUAAUAAUCUUGACUUUAACAAUCCUGACUUUAAUAAUCUUGACUUUACUAAUGUUGACUUUAAUAAACUUGACUUUACUAAUCUUGACUUUAAAAAUCCUGACUUUACUAAUGUUGACUUUAAUAAUCCUGACUUUAAUAAUCUUGACUUUACUAAUCCUGACUUUAAUAAACCUGACUUUACUAAUCUUGACUUUAAUAAUCCUGACUUUAAGAAUCCUGACUUUAAUAAACCUGACUUUAAGAAUCCUGACUUUAAUAAACCUGACUUUAAUAAUCCUGACUUUAAGAAUCCUGACUUUAAUAAACCUGACUUUAAUAAACCUGACUUUAAUAAUCUUGACUUUAAUAAUCUUGACUUUAAUAAUCUUGACUUUACUAAUCUUGACUUUAACAGACUUCAUCACGUCCGUUCUUACAGAGUUCAGACUUUUUCUAACUUUAAGACUUUUUUAAAGGCGGAGAAACGAGAAUCCAGUUUUUUUUUUUCUUCAUAACGUGAAAACUUUGUGAAACGUCAAAAACACUAAAACUGAAAAUAUUAACAGACGUUGUUUUGUGGAAACUGUAAAACUGAAGACUGAAGUCGUCCUUUUAAAAUAAUCUUUUUUCUUGCUGGACGAUGAAGCUGCCGACCUGACGCCGUUAUUGGGAAUUUAACUUUAAAAACAAAA